AUGGACUUCUCUCUGGGUCUGCGCUUGGGAUCUCGGAACAAAAGGGCCACGAACCAGCGUCCCCCUGCACCCUCUGCUCAGGGCCUGCCAGUUGCUUCUUGUCCGGCCUGUGCCCUCUUUGCCUGCGCCGGCCCCUGCCCUGGCCACUCCUGCACUGCCUAUCCCUCCUGCACAACGACCUGUCCCUCCUGUCCCAGCCUCCCUGGCCCACCCUGUGCCUGCCCCUGCCCUCCCUGCCCUGCGCGUCCUCCCCUGACUUGUCCCCAUGUCUCCUGCAUCCCGUGCUCUGGCCCCCAUCUAACUUGCUGCCCCUCACCUUGCCCUGUUUUCCCUCACACCAAGGGUCGAGCCGUCUGUCUGAGCUCCUGCGUAGGCUGCUGUGACAGCUGUGUCUGUGGUCCAGGGGCUUCCUGGGGGCCUUCAGUUUCCAAUGACCGCUGCUGCUGCUGCUUCAGGGGACAACGCACCUCUCAGGGGCGCUGUCUGAUUGUCUAG